AAAGCAAACAUAUAAUCUUUUUCAUCAAAGUAAUAUUUAAAAGUCAAAUUAUGUGAUGUCUGGCAACAUUUUCCAAACCCCCUUUUGGAUUCAGACGGUAUUAACAGUGGGAUAUGGAUCUAAACAUGAAUAAAUGGUGUAAUUGAAAGUGCUUUUGUAGUAAUUGCAUUACUCAUACAUAUGUUUACAAGUGGCUUAGCGUUAACUUACGAAAAAUUGUAAGCUGAUGCCAAGUCUAUAUUCGACAAAAAUGUCGUCAAAACUCACAAACGUAUUGUCUGUUGUCGAACAGCUUGAAAUACAACUUCCUGCCGGAUUUGCAGCGAUGGAAACGCAGGUGGCUGGCCAUACAUUCGAUGCCGCUUCUUUAGGUCUUCUACAAGAUAAUAAUGGUUGCGUACUUAAACCUUUAGGUAAACCUGAGUGUGGAGAACGUGAACUAAAUUUUUAUGAAAAUUUGCAACUGGCUGAAAAAUCGGAAGAUUCAAAUUUGUUGUUGCCACUACGUUCAUUUGUACCCAAAUACUAUAAAAUGGUAAAAUUAUUUGUUAACAACCGUCAACAUACUUUCCUAAAGAUGGAAGACCUUACAAACGGUAUGCGAAAGCCUUGCAUAAUGGAUAUUAAAGUGGGAAAACGUACUUGGGACCCCAUGGCAUCAGAACAAAAACGUCGUGUAGAGGAACAAAAAUAUCUACGCUGCAAACAAGUGUUGGGCCUAUGUGUACCGGGCUUCCAAGUAUAUACGUAUGCAGUCAGCAAAGCUCUACGCUAUAGCAAGGAGUAUGGUAAAAAUCUAGAUGUCGAUGGAUUUCGGAAAACUAUAGCACUCUUUCUAAAUGCUCAAAAUGGAGAAGUUUUUAAACCAUUAGUGUUUGAAAUCUUAAAACAACUAUACAGCAUACGAGACUGGUUUAAGGUGCAAACUAUUUAUAAUUUUUAUGCAAGUUCCUUAUUAAUAGUAUAUGACUUUGACUACAUGGAAAAGCAUCUAAAACAAAAUGAAACACACACAAACAAUGGAAUUUCACAAAUUCCAAAUGGUAAUAUACAAAAUAAUCAUAGCACACAUUUUAAUUUGGAGAAGUGCCCGGAGUAUUCAACAAGUAUUGUAAAAUGGGUUAAGGUGAAAAUGAUCGAUUUCGCACAUGUAUUUCCCACCGAAAACCAAUCUUUAGAUACCAACUAUAUUUUUGGAUUAGAAAACUUAAUUAUGGUUUUUGAAGAACUGAUGGAACGAUAACACAGUUAAGCACAAAAUCAGCAUUCGGAAUUCCGUAACAUGGCCAAUAUUAAUUUUAUGUAUGUGCGUAAAUGUACCCGACUACAAUAAUUUAAUUGAAUAUUCCUCACAUAUGUAUGUGAAAAUGUAUUAAUGAAAAUAAAGAAAUCCCAGAAGGAUAUUUUGAAUGAUAUUUUAAA